GUUCCUGCACAAGAGAUGGCCGAACGGCAACCAUUAGUCAGUUCGCGGCAGCCAUUGUGGUUACGAGUGGCCAUAUUUGUUCGUCCAUCUUUUAUAAACAACUUUUUGAAUUAUGGCGGAUCAUCCCAAUGUUAUGUGUGAAGUGGAAAUACAGCCAGACAUCCAAGAAUGCGUGGAAAUAGAGACAAUUCCAGUGGAUAUGUCGGAUACCGUAGAAACAAUCGUCGAAUAUGGCGAGCCUAUGAUGACACCGCAAGACCUGGAGGGUCGAGAACUUAUUUUGGAAACGCACGAAGAAAUUAUAGACGAUUCGGGGGACCCGUUGAACCUCUACGAAGUCCCCGUGCCCGAUCAAGGGGAUUUGUAUGUGGAAACAACUGCGGGGCCUUCGAAAAAAAGGAAGCAUAUUAAAAAUCGGUGUGUGAUUAAACGAGAAAACGAGUUUUUGCUUAGCGACAUGCACGUAGAGUCAAAGCCGAGAAAAUGGGAACAAAAGCAGGUGCAGAUAAAAACUAUGGAAGGCGAGUUUUCUGUUACAAUGUGGGCUUCUGGUGCAAGCGAUGAUGAAGGUUCUAAUCCAGAGCCUGACCCAGAUUACACUGAAUAUAUGACUGGCAAAAAACUAGCAACUGAAGGAAUGCCAGGCUUGGACUUGUCUGACCCCAAACAACUUGCAGAAUUUGCAAGACCUGGUUUAAAAAGCCCAAGAGUCAGAAGACCUAAUCAAGACAUGUCAGAAAGAACUAUUGCUUGCCCUCAUAAAGGUUGCAAUAAAAUGUUUAGGGAUAACUCUGCAAUGAGGAAGCACUUACAUACACAUGGUCCUAGAGUUCAUGUUUGUGCAGAAUGUGGAAAAGCAUUUGUAGAAAGUAGCAAGUUAAAAAGGCAUCAGUUGGUACACACUGGCGAAAAACCAUUUCAGUGUACCUUCGAAGGUUGUGGCAAAAGGUUUAGCCUUGAUUUUAAUCUUAGGACCCAUGUAAGAAUUCAUACUGGAGAUAGACCCUACGUGUGUCCAUUUGAUGGUUGCAACAAAAAAUUUGCCCAGUCAACAAAUCUUAAAAGCCAUAUCUUGACACAUGCUAAAGCCAAAUCAAGAAAUAGUGGUCAAAAUAGGGCCAGUGAUAUGCAUAUGAUGCAGUCCCCAUUUGUCCAAGUAGAGGUGGCAGAUCCAGAAUACAUUGUUUAUACUGAUUAAUUUAGGAUGCUCUGUACAUAAGAAAAUAGCUUCAAGAAAAGAAUCUACCUUGUAAAAACCAAAUAUAGUUUUUUAGGUUAUUGAUUUUGCGGCACAAACAAUAAUGCCCCAAUUCCCACUUUUUACCAGCUGGUUGAGUUCAAAAUAUUUCUUUUGGAAAAAUGCGGCGAAUUAUAUUUUGUUUUAAUAUUAUGAUUCUUCUCAUAGGUUAUUUGGGUUGAGAAGAAACAUGGUAUAUUGGCCAUUUCAAUAUUCUGGUUUAACAGGACUGUUACUAUGUAACAUAUAUCACUUUAGCUUUAAGUAUAGAAUUUCUAAGUUUAUUUUUUAUUAUGACUGAAGCACUUUUAAAAUGAUAAAAAAGUAAUAUAGUCGAACUAUGUUUUUAUACAGAUCAACAAGAAAUUAAAAACAUUUUUGCGCCUAGAAAAUUAUCGGUCUCCUCUGUUUCACAAUUUAGUAUGCAUUAUUAUAAAAUAAUAUUGGCUUAUACCAUACUUUGUGUUAUAUGGAUUUUUAAUAGAAUUCUUUAUACGAUACUUUUUAAAAGCAUAAGGAUGUUCCCACUAUCUCUAAAGAAUAGACUGGAGAAGAAAUCGGUUGUCAAAUAUUUAAGGCUUUUUAAUUUUUAUUAUGCUAAUCCUUGUGCUUUUUUUUAAGCAGAAUUUUAGAAGCAUAUUUUAAAUUUUGUGCCUAAUUUAAUAUUCAAAAUGUCGCUCUUUUUACAUUAAAAAGUUGCACAUUAAAAUGCUUGCAUCAAAAAAGUUCAAAUAUAACAUUUUUUUCUCCAGUUAAAAACGAUUUCAUCAGGGUAAAUAUUAAUAUUGUAAGUCAGGUUAACAAUAUUGUUCUAUAUUCUUUGAUGCAAUUUUGGUUUUUUUUCUGGUUUAAUAAAUUUUUUUGUGAGAAAUUGAAUUUUCAUGAAAAUAAGUUUUUGUACAGUUUUAAAUAUUGAGUGCCACCAAUAGGUUUAAACAUUAGGAAAACUAUUGGUCGUUAUAAGAUUAAGAAUUUCUCAUACAAAUCAAGUUAAUAAUGUGAUGUGAUGUAGACUCGGAAGGGUAAUAAAUUAACAGGUAGUUCUAUUUUUAUAAUAAAUUAGAGAUAAUUUCUCAAUAAAAGUCAACAAAUAAACUCUUGCGGUUUGAGCUCUUUCUUACCCCGAAAUUUUUUGUUGACCUUAUAUUGUAAAUAAGUCUAAAAUGUAAAUGGUUGCUAAAACGUUAGCAAUAGGAGUCUGUAAAUAUAAUCUAAAUCAUUAAAAUUGAUUUUUACUACA